UGUGAGUUACUGUUUUACUAAAUGCAGAGAGUUCUGAAGUUCUUUUCUUCCUUAUUCGGCUGUAAUACUCUUUAGUGACACGUGUCCUGAUACAGGUGCUAUCAUAAGAUAUAUUUUCAUCUACCCCUAGGUAUCUGUAACAUUCCUCAUCACUUAUGUAUGUAUGAUGUGAAAUCGAAACCUUUAGAAAUAAACCUGAUUACCUCGUAAAACAACGCCUAUUAUUUAAUGAGCGCAUAUAAGUAUUGUCAAGCCAGAAGUUGUUACAAUCCGCGACAAUCAACACCAACCCUUGAUCGUCAAUAGUAAAUCCGAAGCGAAGACAAAAUGUUGGAAACUUUACUUGGUGACGACAGAGAACUUGUGAAAUAUAUAAGUAUAUACUUUUACAUUUUCGCAGUGGUCACAUUCAUAAUGCUCUUCAUAACUCCGGCACCCUAUGGUCGCUAUUCUUCUCGCGUUUGGGGUUACUUAAUUAAUUGCAAGGUUGCUUGGGUUAUACAAGAAUCGCCGUGCCUCUGGCUCCCCGCGUGCCUCUUUCUAUUCACCGACUCACCCCAGUUGAAAGAAUGGCCCAACAGAAUCCUUUUAUGCCUUUUUCUGUUGCAUUAUUUCCAAAGGACAUGUAUCUUUUCAGUAUUGAUCCGUGGAGGUAAACCGUCACCCCUGUCAACAGUCUCUUUAGCAUUUGUCUUCUGUUUCUUCAACUCUUACAUACAAGUUCGCUCACUCAUGAAAUAUUCGAUCUUUCCUCCAAACUGGCUUUACAGUUUCCAGUUCAUAGCAGGCUGUAUUUUAUUCUUCAUCGGAAUGGCCAUCAACAUCCAUUCAGACCAUAUUCUACGAACAUUACGGAAACCUAACGAAACAGGAUACAAAAUCCCACAAGGUGGAAUUUUCGAAUAUGUAACUGCUGCUAAUUUAUUUGGAGAAAUAGUUGAAUGGUGUGGUUUUGCUAUUGCAUGCUGGUCACUUCCUGCUUCAGCAUUUGCAUUGAGCACAUUCUGUGUACUUAUCCCACGCAGCUACACUCAUCACAAGUUUUAUUUGCAGAAAUUUGACAACUAUCCAAAGACCAGGAAGAUUGCCAUUCCCUUCAUUUGGUGAUUACUUCUCAAAGAAAUCUUGGUAUUCGCAUCUGUUAUUGGUGCUACAAGUGGCUGUGUGAUAACUUCAGCAGUUUUUUAAAUGUUUGUGAGUAGCAGAGUUGAACCGACCUAUUUUAAUUGUAUCAUGCUUUGAUAAACUUAUGUAUAAUCCAGAUCUAUAUUUUAUAUUUUGUUUAUACAAAUUUUAUACAAAUUUAAGACAUUAUAAUAAUUAUGUUGCACAUAUAUGUGUAAUUUCCUUGCAAUAAAAAAAAAUAUAUUCUGUC